AUGUUCUCCAGAUCCCUUCGUGUCGCCUCUCGCAGGGUCCUUGCGACCUCUGUCCGCCCUUCUACCCUGCCCGCCCGUCAGCUUGCACCUGCUGCUACCGUCGGCGCGACGAGAGGAUACCAUGAGAAGGUCCUGGAUCACUACUCCCGUCCCCGUAACGUCGGUUCCAUGCCCAAGGGCGACCAGGACGUCGGCCAAGGUCUCGUCGGUGCGCCUGCUUGCGGCGAUGUCAUGAAGCUCAACAUUCGUGUCGACCCCAAGACCAACACCAUCUCCGACGUCAAGUUCAAGACCUUCGGCUGCGGAUCCGCCAUCGCUUCCUCAAGCUACCUUACCGAACUUGUCCGGGGCAUGACCUUGGAGCAGGCCGGCCGCGUCAAGAACACUGAGAUUGCCCAGGAGCUCAAGCUGCCCCCCGUCAAGCUCCACUGCAGCAUGCUUGCCGAGGACGCGAUCAAGGCCGCCAUCUCCGACUACUACACCAAGAACCCCAACGCGAAGCCCACCAACCUGGCCGGCACCGAGGUCAAAGCAGAGUCUGCGGCCUCCGCUUCCGCAUAA